CUUUUUGUUUGACAACCAAAGGGCGAGCACUGUAUGCGGGAAGAGGACAUCCUGGAGCUGAUCGACCGGGAAGGCGAUGAGGUGAAGGUAGCACUGCUUCCCGCCAUUCAGUACUAUACGGGACAGUUGCUCGACAUCAAGAAGCUGACCAAAGCGUGUCAGGACAAGGGUAUUAUAGUCGGCGUGGACCUGGCUCACGCCGUUGGCAACGUCCCCAUAUAUCUCAGCGAAUGGAAUGUGGACUUUGCAGCAUGGUGCACUUACAAAUACCUGAAUUCGGGCGCCGGUGGUAUCGGCGGUAUAUUCGUGAACGAAAAGUUCACUGAAAAGGGCGGUUGCGAGACAUUCCCAAUGCUUCAGGGGUGGUGGGGGAACAACCUAAAA